AUGUGGGCAAAGACAAUUACAGGAAAUUUUGCCAAUGUGAUUCAUGGUUUGAACGCAAACCAUUUGACAGACCAAGUCAUUCAGAGAAGCAAGCGAAUGAUUCUGGAUACUCUUGGAGUCGGGCUUCUGGGUAGUGGCACUGAGAUCUACCACAAAGUGAUACAGUACAGCAAAAUCUACAGCUCAGAUUUAUCCAGUACCACAUGGGGCCACCUGGAUUUCCGACUUCCUCCUCUGUAUGCAGCUUUUGUGAAUGGAGUGGCUGUGCACUCAAUGGAUUUUGAUGACACAUGGCAUCCGGCCACACACCCUUCUGGGGCUGUGCUUCCUGCUGUGAUUGCACUCUCAGAGGCCUUUUCUCAGAAGAAAAAGAUCUCUGGCCUCGAUCUGCUCUUAGCUUUCAACGUGGGAAUUGAAGUGCAAGGCAGGUUGCUACGCUUUUCCAGCGAAGCCAGGAACAUUCCAAAAAGGUUUCACCCACCAACUGUGGUUGGUACAAUGGGGAGUGCAGCAGCCUGUGCUAAACUGCUAGCUCUUGACCAGCUGAAAUGCAAAAAUGCCUUGGCUAUAGCUGCCUCCUAUGCAGGCGCCCCACUGGCUAAUGCAGCAACCCAAACAAAGCCACUCCACAUUGGUAAUGCAGCAAAACACGGACUGGAAGCAGCUUGCUUAGCAUCACUGGGUGUUCAAGGAAGUGGACAGAUCUUGGACAUGGAGUCAGGGAUGGGUGCCUUUUAUACAGAUUACAGCCCGCAGACCCUGCCAACCUUGCAGUCAUAUUCCUGGCUGUUGGACCACCAAGACGUUGCCAUCAAACGCUUUCCUGCUCACCUUGGAACACACUGGGUGGCUGAUGCAGCAACUUCUGUUAGGAGGAAGCUCAUAGAGCACAAUAACAACUUGCUCCCUCUUGACAAAAUUGAGAAGGUCAUUGUCAAGGUCCCAGAGGUCAGAUACGUGAACAGACCCACCCCUGAUUCAGAACACGAAGCUCGACACUCCUUCCAGUUUGUUGCAUGCUCUGCUUUGCUGGAUGGCAGCAUGUCAGUUCAGUCCUUUGACAGCAAGAACAUUCAUAGACCAGCCUUACGGGAGCUUCUCUGCAAAACGCACCUGGAGCAUCCUUCUGAUAACAAGCCCAGCUUUGAGAAUCUUUACUGUGAAAUGAGCGUUACACUUCAGGAUGGCCACACGUUCAGCGACUGCUGCAAUACAUUCUAUGGGCACUGGAGGAAACCUCUGAAAAAAGAGGACUUAGAGAAAAAAUUCCAAUCCAAUGCCUCCGUAGUCCUCUCUGCAGAAGCCACAGAAGGCAUUAUAGAGACUGUGUAUAAUCUGGAAAAAGUAGAGGACUGUUCUGUAUUAAGCACAUUUUUAUCAGGACAGUCAGCUAAAGCACUUUCAGAGAAACUGCAUUUACUUUGA